GUGAACCUUCAGUGGUUGGGCUGGUCUGUUGUAGCUCUGCUGGCUGCAACAAUUGUGGUGGUGGUGGUGGUGUGGUGAAAAUCCUGUGAUCAAGAGAGCUUCUCCCGAAAUGUUCUUACUUGUGCCUCAAGAGGAUGGGACGAGGAGGGUUGUGUACUUGAGCCAGGGCUGCCUCUUGAAGAUGGCCACAGGAGAGUUGUUGGCAGGUGGUGGUAGCGGUAGCGACACGGCGAAGGAAUCAAAGCCAGAAGCCAUGACGGCCGCAGCGGAGGUGGAUGCGUCCAGUCUUGGCUCGGCUGAGGACAGUGGCAAGUGUUCCUCGACAUCUGAGGAAGAAGAUGGCGCUGUCGUCAAGCCGGAUGCAGCCGCAGGAGAAACCGCGUCGGAGACUGGUGGUCAGGAGCUGGUCUUCAUCCAGGACACAGGAUUCAAUGUGCGAAUUCAGGCACCGGGUUUGGAGACAUUCGACAUUCAGGUUAGCUCCAUGGAGCUGGUCCAGGAGAUCCACCAGCUUCUGAUGGACAGGGAGGACACCUGCCAUCGGACCUGCUUCAGCCUCCAGCUGGAUGGCACCACGCUGGACAACUUUGCUGAGCUCAAGAACAUCCCGGGGCUCGUUGAGGGAUCCCUCAUUAAGGUGGUCGAAGAGCCCUACACGGUGCGGGAAGCACGCAUCCACGUGCGUCACGUGCGAGACCUGCUCAAGUCCCUCGACUCCGGUGAUGCCUACAACGGCCUGGACUGCAGCUCCCUGGCCUUUCUUAAUGUAGUUACGCAAGGGGAUAUACUGGAGAAGAAGAGCCGAGGGGAGUCUGUCGACUGCACGCCACCCGACUACAUAAUCCCUGGCUGCAAGGAAAGCCCACCACUCGUGCCUCUGCUGCCGCAGCCUAAGGACCAGAAGAGCUAUCAAGCCUUGAAAGUGUUGACCACAAGUGGUUGGAACCCCCCACCUGGGCCAAGAAAGCUGCAUGGGGACCUGAUGUAUCUGUAUGUUGUGACGCUCGAAGACAAGAGGUACCACAUCACAGCGUCUACGAGAGGCUUUUAUAUCAACGAGUCCACAGAGGAAGAAUUCAACCCACGGCCCUGUUCACCGAAGCAUGUUUAUCACUCCCUCGUCGACUUGCUGAGUCAGGUGAGCAGCUCCUUCAAGCGCAAUUUCGCGCUCAUCCAGAAGAAGCGGACCCAGCGGCACCCCUUCGAGCGAGUAGCCACACCGUAUCAGGUCUACUCGUGGCUCGCACCCACGUCCGAGCACAAUGUUGACUCCAUUCGUGCGGAGGAUGCAUUCUCGUUCAAACUGGGCUACGAGGAGCACAUCCCUGGGCAGACCCGCGACUGGAACGACGAGCUGCAAACGACCCGCGAGCUACCUCGCAAGACCCUGCCCGAGCGGCUCCUGCGCGAGCGCGCUGUCUUCAAGGUGCACAGUGACUUUGUGGCUGCUGCCACACGAGGAGCUGUCGCUGUGGUCGACGGCAACGUCAUGGCCAUCAAUCCUGGGGAAGAGACUAAGAUGCAGAUGUUCAUCUGGAAUAACAUCUUCUUCAGCCUGGGCUUCGAUGUGCGAGACCACUACAAGGAACUGGGUGGCGACGCAGCAGCCUUUGCGGCACCGUGCAAUGACCUGCAGGGUGUGCGAGCGUAUGCAGCUGUGGACGUGGACGGCCUGUGCACGCUGGGCACGGUGGUGGUGGACUAUCGGGGCUACCGGGUCACGGCACAGUCCAUCAUCCCGGGCAUCCUGGAGCGAGAGCAAGACCAGUCGGUCGUUUACGGGUCAGUGGACUUCGGCAAGACAGUCGUCACACAUCCAGACUACCUGGAGCUGUUGAAAAAGGCUGGAAGUGCACUGAAAAUACUGCCUCACAGUGUGAUCAAUGAGAAGGGUGAAGAAGUGGAGCUGUGCUCCUCUGUUGAGUGCAAGGGCAUCACUGGCAAUGACAACAGGCACUACAUCCUGGACCUGCUACGAACGUUCCCUCCCGAUGUCAACUAUCUCAUUUUGGAUGGUGUGGAACUGUGCAAGGAGUCGAGAGCAGCGGGCUACCCACGGGAACACAAGCACAAACUGUGUUGCCUACGACAGGAGCUGAUCGAUGCCUUUGUCGAUGCUCGGUACAUGCUGUUCAUGAAGCUUGCCGCCUUCCACUUGCGAAGCCUCGAAAAAAAGCAGCUUACCAAGGACGGGGAAGAGGCAAAGGAUAACUCCAAGGAAGGGUCCCCCGAGGAAGACUCUAAGGACAAGGACAUGUCGGAGGCACCUCUAAUGCCAGGGGAGAUCAGGAAGUCACCAGAACGGCUAAGAAACGGAGAUAGUCAUGGCACAAAUGGCGUGUUGUCCGACGCUGAGAGUCAGACAGAUGUGAUAGUCAAGGCUGCUCGGGGCGUUGGCUCCCUGAAGGAUACAGAGUUUGACAUCAGGUUCAACCCUGACGUGUUCUCUCCUGGAGUAAAGCACGCUGGUGAUGAGGAGCAGCUGAAGAAGCAGCAGCGUCUAGUCAUUGAGGCAGCAGACUUUUUGGUUGCCGACCAACUACCCGCUUUUGUGAAAGACUGCGUGGAACACUCCUGCUCUCCCAUCGAUGGAAUUACACUCAGUGAAGCUAUGCACAAUCGGGGUAUCAACAUUAGGUACUUGGGACGGCUUGCAGACAUGCUGGCACCCAUGGAGCAGCUGAAGUAUUUGCAUGCAGUGGUUGUGGGUGAGCUGCUCACUCGCGCCGCCAAGCACCUGCUGACCACCUACCUCCAGGGCGUCGACCCCACCAACAUGGCAGCCGCCAUCAGCCACUUCCUCAACUGCUUCCUCGCUGCGCCCACCGUCAAUGUCCAGGCUCCCGUCUCCUCCGAUGAGCUCAAGAGCAACCGGAAGAAGGGCAAGAGGAAGGGCAGGCACAACUUGUUCUCUGUACAAGACACCAAUGAGUGGGCAAGCCUGACGUCGCGCUCCCUGUGGGAGCAGCUGCGUGGGGAGCUGCGCUCCUACUACGGCUGGGAGCUGCCUUCGACGGCCGCAUCUGUGGGCGCCUGCCCGGACGAGUACCUAGAGGGCCUGCGACUCCACAAGUGCUCCUUGCUGCGCUCCAUCUGCCUCAAGAUGGGCCUGCAGCUACUCCAUCGAGAGUACUCCCUGGAGCACAGGUCGCGGGCCCCGUUCACCGAGGACGACAUUCUUCAGGUGUUUCCGGUAGCCAAGCAUGUGCAUCCUCGUGCAACGGACGCAUACCGCUUUUACCUGACGGGCCAGAGCAAAAUUCAGCAGGGCCUGCUGCGCGAGGGCUACGAGCUGGUCAGCGAGGCCCUGAACCUCAUGAACAACGUGUACGGUGCCCUGCACCCAGAGAUUGCGCAGUGCCUGCGUCUGUUGGCGCGACUGUGCUACGUCAUGGGAGACCACCUGGAGGCAAUGGCAUACCAGCAGAAGGCUGUGCUCAUGAGUGAACGAGUGAAUGGCAUCGAUCAUCCCUACACAAUCACCGAAUACACCCACCUCGCUCUCUACUGCUUCGCAAACUCGCAAGUGACGACGACGUUGAAGCUGCUAUACCGAGCAAGGUACCUCAUGCUGCUAGCGUGUGGGGAGAACCAUCCAGAAAUGCCAGUGCUUGACAGCAAUAUAGGUCUCAUCCUGCAUGCUGUUGGGGAGUACGACUUGUCGCUAAGGUUCCUCGAGAAUGCCCUCAAGCUCAACAUUGCGUUUUAUGGGAGCCGCAGCCUGAAGGUAGCGGUGAGCUACCACUUGGUGGCUCGUGCUCAGUCUUGCCUGGGCGACUUCCGAGGGGCCCUGCAGAAUGAAAAGGAGACGUACACCAUCUACAAGACCCAGCUCGGUGAGGAGCACGACAAGACUCGCGAGAGCUCAGAGUGCCUGCGCCACCUGACACAGCAGGCGGUGGUGCUCCAGAAGAAGAUCAACGACAUCUACAAGAAGAACACCACAGCUGCUCUGCCUCCCAUUCAGAUCCAAGCACCGUCUCAGAGCAACGUCCUCGAGAUGCUCAACAUAAUCAAUGGCAUUCUCUUUGUACAGAUCAGUCCACAGGACAUCGAGAACUUCAAAGCCGAGUUGGAACGCCGUCAGCAGCUGGCUCUCGCCGAGAAGUCCACAGCUGCCUCCGCCAAUGAGGCAGCCACUACGAAGGAGCCAUCAGACUCUUGUUGUAACGGUGGUGCCGUGGCACAGUCCAGUAGUGCAGUGACAAACGGCAGUCCCGUCGACACGGCGACGACAGAGACGUCUUCCCCCGCAAAUGCCGCUGCAGCUGAGGAACCGAGCCGGUGAGGAAUAUCGCAUCGGUCUUCAUCGCCAGUGACACCAUCAGAGAGGCGUGCAUAUCCCCCUUCCAUCAACUGGGCCGUGUGGUAAGGUCGUGGAACGAGACCGGCACUCAGAGGAAUCUGCCGGGCGGACCGUCAUAUCUGUGCCCUGUGGCGCCGUGUAUUCUGCCUCCUCUCUCUCCUCCAGAUAUUCUUUUCCCUUUCUUUUUAUUUUUUUUACCCUUACAAAAGUAGCAUUGUAAAUUUCUCCUUCAUUCUUUUGUGUGCCUUCGUUUUUUUUAUUAUUAUUAUUGUUAGAGGGCAAGUGCAUGAAAUCGAAUGAUUUCGUCCUGAUUAUGGAGAGAGAGAUGCACGUCCUUUUUCUUUGGCUUACUGUCUAUUUUCUUUUUUUUUUUUUUUUCCGUGGACAAGUCUGCUGUGCAUGUAUGUCGCUUUUGGCUCAACAAUGUCCUUUCUUGGCAAAGUUGCACUUUGGUAGACUGCAGUCCUUUUUUUCCUCCUUACCCACGGACUCUGAGAGUCGCAACUCCUUUAACGCUCGAUACCAGCCACGUCAGCAACCGACAGAGCAUAGCUGAGUGGUUUUCAAAGACUGAACAGUUGCACUCGGGAUCUGACCUGUCAGACCAGCCUGCGCUGCAUUUUUAUAUUUUUUUUCUUUUAACGUGCAAGAAAAAGAUCAAAGCAGUGCUAAAAGCAUGUUUGACGAGUUGUUGCCUUUGGCAACAGUGUGUGAAAAUUGUUGCGAAGCGAGCGACACAAGACAAAAGGCUGACCAUAGCAAACGGUUAGUCGUGGCUGCUAGAAAGCAUUGCGUGCUCACAUCCUUUCGAGCAUGUGCCUCAAACCACUCUUGCUCUUCAGUCAGCGAGCCUUCAUAUCUGCGACUUCGAAGCUGCCGUUCAAAACUUUUCAUUGCCUAAACACAGCAUGCUACUAGUGAUGGCGAUCAAGUCUGAAGGCGAGCAGGUCGACAUGAUGAAUAUUGCCUGGUAUUUCGUUUUUUUUGUGUGUGUGCGUGAAUGUAAAUGUGCUUUUCUUUUUUUACGCAUUGAGGCUUAGUUUGCCUGUUGAGCACUUUGCCUUCACGUUGUUUAUGACCGCUUAUGUCAUCUCGCACAUUGUACUUGAUUUCCAGCAAAUGGCAUCAUUCUUUUGUGAGCUGCAAGUGUUUAAGCUGGUGCAGUCACCUCCAUUUCGUGGUGGUACUAUGGGUGUCUGAGCAUGAACUUAGUUGAAUACUGUGAAUGAACUUGCUCGGGCGCUCUAUACAACGUGCUCGUCUGCAUGAGUGUCGAGGGCCGGUGCAAUCUGCAUGAUUUCGUUUUUUCAUAGUCUGUUGCCGUUUCCCAACGCACUUGUCACACCCUGUGAUUUCAGAGUUGAAACAGCAUAAUAAGAUGACUACAACUGUUUACACACCGUCGCUCAACCUUGUACUCUGUUAAAAAGGAUGUUAAACGAGAAGUGUCGGUAACGGGUAUUGUUUAUCAAGCUAAGCCACCUUUUAUGCUUCAUCUCUUCGUUGCUCUAGCUUAUCUUUAGGAUCUCUUACUUGGCUGAAGUCUGUGCUUGCGACACUAAGCAAACAUAGAAAUGCAUAGUGUGUACAGGUUCAACUGUUGGAUACGGGUGUCAUUUCGUUAGGGACAAAAGCUUCUAAAAUUGAACGAAUACUGUUGGAGGUUGUGCGUGCUUUUAAGGGCUAUUAUUGCCUGUAUAUAACCAUUGAAAGUCAAGACAGCCGACACCUUGUGCAAGAUCUUAAUUUCUCUGUAUAAUUCUUUUGUAUGUCCUUGUCUACGAUAUCGCAGUCUGCUCUUGCACUGCUUUUUUUUUUUUUUCAACAGCAGUGACCAAAAUGUUACCUCAGUGCAGCUGCUAACAGAGAAUGCUUUACUCUUUUGUGAAAGCAGAAGUACCACUAUUAUUUUGUCAAGAAUUGAUGCGACAUAUUUUUAUUGCUUUUUUUGCAUCGGCAGGUAGAGAUUAAUUAUUAUUGCUAGAACUGCCUGCGAAUUGCUAUGCAUAGCUCCUCGACAGAGAUUGUGAAUUUCUUGAGAAAGAGAGAAAGGAGUGCUUGUGAUGAUGUUUGGCCCUUUGUUCACUUUAAGAACGGUGAGUGUAGUAAAUUCCUCGGAGUAAAAUGAUUGUAGGAAAGUCCUUAGAGUAGUGAUGCUCCUGCGGAGUUGUUCUGCACGUUGUUUUUUUGCACAUUAGGAGAAUCGACGAGAAUGAUAGCUCUGUUCUUGGCAGAAAGGUACGCGCACCUGCUGUAUUGCAAAUGUACAGUGUCAAUUUUUAUUAAAGGGAACACGGCGACGCGUGGCUUGCGCGCUCCGGUGGCUGCUGGCAUCGCGUUCUUGUGUUCCCUUUCAUAAAAAUUGACACUGUACAUCUGACAGUGUGUGCGGUGUCUUUUCAGUUUGAAAUUGUAUCAGGAUGAGGUAGUGUCAGCGCCCGCAUUCCCAACCAAAAGCCCCGUUGCUACUUAUGUGGGCCAGCAAGAUUGCUGUAACUAUCCUAAGGACCCCCCCCCUCUCUCUCUCUGUCUUUUGUCUGCAUAAUUUUUUCAUAGAUUUUCAUAGCUUCAAAACUGCGAUGAUAGAUUGCAAGGCAAACAGAAAACAUCGUGCUGCAUUGAACUGAGGUGUCGAAAAUUGCUUUAAUACUGUCACGAUUCUCGCAGCAGCGGACAAAGAAUACGAGAUGCAUUGCACCCGCAGAAAUUUCAUAAAACGUCUGCUGUGCUGUUUGUGUGUGUGUGUUUUUUCUCUCUUCUGUGUGCAUUGUGUGCAGAGAGCAGGUGAGGUGGAAGGUAUGUCGUUGCCUUCCUACAGACUGAUGCCUAGCUGGCUCUUAAUACUUUUUCUGGUUGUUGCAGGCACCUAAUAAGUGCAGGACAGUGAGCAAUUCAGUAGGAAGCGCUGUUCAAGGCUAUUUUUCGGUGUCUGAUGAUGCAACCUUGUCACGGCAUAUGUCACUGUGCACCGAAUGAGCCUAUUGUUCGCAUAACUAAGUUUGAGUGCCUUUAAAGUGUUGUACAGAUUUUGAUGCUGGCUAUUGUGGAGCCCAUAUGUGUUUGUAUGUGGAUGCAUUGCCCCCUGAGGCUUGGUAGUUGCUGGCAUGAAGCAGUUUUCCUAGAGGCGGCAACUUCAGUCUAAAGCUUGCUUUUCUUUUUUUCUUGCUGCCCUUCACAAAUUCGUGCCAAUCGUCGGCUAAAAGAGAACAAACUUCCCCUGGGGCAUUUUUUUUUUUGCGGGAAAUUUGCAUAUCUUUAAAAACUGCUAACCGGUCUAUGGGGCAGCUCUUUUAACAGACAUGCCACAUUUUAACAGCCAUGAAUUGGUGUGCUAAUCGCUGCAAGGCCCGAGGCUUUUCACUUCAUGGGGACCUCUGCAUGAGAUGUUGAAGCAGGUGACUUGUAAUAAUACAGCGGGCCCUUGCACGCUGAGUUCGUUGUUUUUCCAGUGAUCAGGGCGUUAUACUAACGUGCCGCCUGAUGUUGGCAUUUUGUAUAACAUGUGCAAGGGCAAUGUAGGCAAGAAAAAUUUCAAACAUUGGCCUGUAUUUUAUCUACUUUGACUGCUCUAUGCAUGAACUUGUUGCAGUGAUGCCACUUUACUGCACACUUUGUUGUAUCAUUUUUCCCCCUUCUGACACGUUUCCCUCCCACAUUUAUUUGAUUGUUGAUAGUCUGGGUGUAGUGCUAGUCAAGUUACUGUGUGAUGCUGUGUGACCGGUGGCUGACUGCAUUCAAGGGGCCGGUGUGCCUUGUCAGUGUUCAUGAGUGAGCUAUACGAGGGGCCUUCUGCUUAUGUUGUGUAACCUCACAUGCGCCGUCUUCCUGUCUCUGCAUAACCCGUCUUCGAUGUGCACGUUCCUGUGUUGUUUAGCGCUUUAACAGCGCACACAUUUUCGUUAGAAACUGCAGCGGUGCUCAGAGUUGUUUAGUCCGACACGUGGCGGAUUAAGGAUGUCACUUUGUUUUCAGGCAUCUUUAAAGUGUGUACGAUGUUGCUAUGGCUAACUUUGUCCUUGUACUUUAGAGAUACCUCGAAGCCUGAGUGCUUCUUUUUUUUUUUCUUAUUAAUUUUCUGUGAACUUCGCUAUUAGUUAAGCAGUUUUACCUUUGCUCUUCACCCUUUGUGAAAGAGUCAACAACAAACCCAUUCCUCUCCUUUAGUUUCUUUUUUCUCCCUCUUCGAGGCAAGUUGUUAAAUGGACCCUUUUUGCUCCAUUUUGCUGAACUGUGCAUAUUGUAAACACAUUGUUUCACAGUGUCAUUGCAGCCCUGUCCUUCCACUGAAAAGUCUUCAUGCUGACCGCAUCUUUGCAUGAUUGCUUUAUACCAUGUGUCAACAUUUGUGAGCUCUUUCUAUAUUUUUACAUGUGACAUUUACAUUGGCCAGCAUUUGGAAGUUUUCUGUUACGGAAGCACGGUUCCUUAGUCCUCGUCGUUUGAGCGCCUCCCAUGUAGGUUGUUGGUGCAGUGUUGAGCUGAUCGCCACGGCAAUAACUGUUUGUGAGACUAUGUUGCUUUUGUCAGACAAGGUUCGCUUUACUUAACACAAGCCCAUUAUGCAAGGUUCUUGAAAAGAUUGAGUGGUGGGCAAAGUCAUUGUGGAAUGAAGUGUAGGAAAAAAAUCGGGAACAGGAGAUAAAAAGUGUGUGGCAUUACCCUGCCUCCUGUCCCUGGUCUUUCAGUGCUUUAUUUCAUGAAGUCAUCAGAUGGAUGUGCCUGCCGUUGCAUUUAUGCUGGUUAAAGGAGUUGCGAGGUGCUCUUGUGGCUCUAUCUUUCUUUUCCUUCAUUCACAUAGAGACUCGAUGCUCUCCGAGCAUUCAUAGCGAUGCACCGCUUGUGAGCUUGCGGCUUACAAGCGUUUCAAGCUGUGCCUCUGCCCAUAUAUAGCGACUGCGGCAUUCAUAGAGCACUCGCUUGGGAAUGUGCGGUUCACGACAUAUCUCGGGUUUUCUGUCCACUGAAUGUGCACGUACUGGAGCUUCGUGCAGAAAAGAGUUCUUAAAAGGAAUAACUUUUCCAGUAAAAAAAUUUUAAUCAAAUUUUAUUGCCUUCGAUCAUGAGUCUGCACAAAUACGGCUUGUGUCUAGUAUAGCGAGAGAAUAAUUUUGUUUGACAAAAAUAGUGAAUGAAGGAAAUGGUGAGUGGAACGAUUUUCCUGCAGUUCAUCUAACUACACCGCAAUUGAAAGCACCACAAAAGUUGCAGUUCCACAAGUACCUCCGCGACAGUUUUUCGCAGCAACUCUGUUCAGCUCGAAAGAUUGACAAAUGCGUGCCGGUAAGCGAGCGGUUAAACUGCAAACCAGGUCCAUCUGUAAAAAGAAAAUGGCCAUGCCAGUCGGAAAAUGUGCCAGAUGAGAGGCCUAUGUGGGACAGAUGCACAGCUGAAAGGGUGCGCCACUAUCUAUCCUCUUGCCAGCUGAUAGUAGCAGUCAACAUUGCAGAGAAUUCAGCUUUGUUGCUUCCAGCUUGCACAACCCAAGUACAAGUUGCAGUUGACUGCCAUUGUUGAUGAAGACCUUACUUGAGCGAGAACAUUCGUUUUAAGCAUUCUCGACCACGCGGUGGGUGGAAACUGAAGGAACAGCGGUGAAAGUUCGGCCAGUGUCGCUUUUUGUUGAAAAAGUCUGUUCUCCGAACCAGGCUCUACAGUUCUUUUUUGAAAGUGAGCGUUUCUUCACAGCACAUGCUAAGGGACGUGUUAGGCUAGCUCAGAUGCUGAAACGUAAACCUUGUAGCUCAUUCGUGCAUGGUAUGUGUAAACUCUUAGAUGAGGUUUAGGUAUUAGGGGCUCUUUUUAUAUCUCAAUCCAUCGCCUGACGUGCUGCCAGCUUGUGGGCAAGGAGUGUGUGCGCGGCCCUAAGCUGAUUUGCACCUAUUUUUUUUAAUGUAUUGAGAACCGAGAAUGAUAAACAAAACGCCAUGGCUGAUAACUUUGGUUGAUGCUUUAGACGUUUGCAUGUAGUAGCACGUUUCUCCUUCCCACUGCUAUGAUGCCUCCCUCCCCCUUUUUUUUUUUCACGUUAUUUACAUGUAGUUGUUGAGUAUUAGCAGUUACAUGCAGCUGGGCUAUAUUUUCUUGUUGUUUGAAUAGAUCCUAGCAUUCCAUGUGUUUCAUAGAGAACAACCUAGCCAGACUGUUGUACAAAAUGAGUCAGCUUGUAAGGUAGCCAUUGUUAAAAAAAAUAAAAUGUUGCAUCACUGCUGA